GACGGCGGCGCGCAUGCCCACUCAGGGACCCACCCUGCGCCCCAGCCGUCUACAGCGCGGGCGAAGGGCAUCGGCAGGGAAGCGGCUGUGGUUGCCGCAUCUGGCAGUACAGAGCCAAGGUGGCAGGGCCGCGCUGGGACACGGAUGGUCCCAGGGGGAGGGCAACAGGAAAAACAAGCACUGACACAACUGCCCCAUUUCCCCUAAAAGCAGGUUUUCUUGGGCUGACCAGGGCAUUUUCACUGUGGUGUCCGACUUGGGCAACUCGAUCUGCCCGCGGGGACUCAAGCCUGAGCUGCAUUUUUUCUUUGCGUCCGGGCGGACCAAAAGGCGAGGUGAAGGGAACGAGUGUUUAUAAGAAAGUAAACUUUUGUGCAGAAUGGGCUGGGGACACCUCUGAGUUUUGCUGCCCGCAACGUGACCUCUUUAGCGCAGUCCUGGACGCGUUCCCUCGCAGCCAACCCGUCAGUCUCCUCAGGCCUUAUCCUGCCCUCUCUGAGGUGGCCGCCUGUGGGCGCUGCAAACGCCACACUUUUGCUCUACGAAGAACCUCCUCGCGACUUUCCAAGGUGUGCAACUCAGAAAAGCGCCCCCCAAAACAAGUAAAAGCCUUCGGGGAAGAGGCAAAGUCCCUGGACCGUCCUGACUCCAGCCGCCAGCCGGUGUUUGGUGGAUCAGGUCCCGGAGCUCCGCAGCCUGGGAGCCCCACACCAGGCCGGCCCCUACGGCCGCUCAGAAAACGCGGCGAGCGGAACCCGCACGCGGAAGCGCCGGCCGCACUGAGCAUGCCCAGUUGCAGAGCCGACCAGAGGAGUUUUUUCUUUUCUUUUCUUUUUUUUUUUUUAAGGGGGGGGUCUCAAGUAGGAGGCCUCCCCACCACCCCCACCCCAGCCCCCCACCACCCCCGGCCUAAGCAGCUACCAUGGCCCAGGUGGCCGACGCGGCGUUGUCCCAGGCGGGUUGACGGAGUUUCACUCUUGUUGCCCAGGCUAGAGUGCAAUGGCGCGAUCUCGGUUCAUCGCAACCUCCACCUCCCAGGUUCAAGCAAUUCUUCUGCCUCAGCCUCCCAAGUAUCUUUCAGAUGAAGGCAUUGAAGCUUGCACAAGCUCUCCAGACAAAGUCAAUGUAAAUGACAUCAUCCUGAUUGCUCUCAAUACAGAUCUGAGAACAAUUGGCAAGAAAUUCCUCCCCAGUGACAUCAAUAGUGGAAAGGUAGAAAAGCUCGAAGGUCCAUGUGUUUUGCAAAUUCAAAAAAUUCGCAAUGUUGCUGCACCAAAGGAUAAUGAAGAAUCUCAGGCUGCACCAAGGAUGCUGCGAUUACAGAUGACUGAUGGUCAUAUAAGUUGCACAGCAGUAGAAUUUAGUUAUAUGUCAAAAAUAAGCCUGAACACACCACCUGGAACUAAAGUUAAGCUCUCAGGCAUUGUUGACAUAAAAAAUGGAUUCCUGCUCUUGAAUGACUCUAACACCACAGUUCUUGGUGGUGAAGUGGAACACCUUAUUGAGAAAUGGGAGUUACAGAGAAGCUUAUCAAAACACAAUAGAAGCAAUAUUGGAACUGAAGGUGGACCACCGCCUUUUGUGCCUUUUGGACAGAAGUGUGUAUCUCAUGUCCAAGUGGAUAGCAGAGAACUUGAUCGAAGAAAAACAUUGCAAGUUACAAUGCCUGUCAAACCUACAAAUGAUAAUGAUGAAUUUGAAAAGCAAAGGACGGCUGCUAUUGCUGAAGUUGCAAAAAGCAAGGAAACCAAGACAUUUGGAGGAGGUGGUGGUGGUGCUAGAAGUAAUCUCAAUAUGAAUGCUGCUGGUAACCGAAAUAGGGAAGUUUUACAGAAAGAAAAGUCAACCAAAUCAGAGGGAAAACAUGAAGGUGUCUAUAGAGAACUGGUUGAUGAGAAAGCUCUGAAGCACAUAACGGAAAUGGGCUUCAGUAAGGAAGCAUCGAGGCAAGCUCUUAUGGAUAAUGGCAACAACUUAGAAGCAGCAUUGAACGUACUUCUUACAAGCAAUAAACAGAAACCUGUUAUGGGUCCUCCUUUGAAAGGUAGAGGAAAAGGCAGGGGGCGAAUAAGAUCUGAAGAUGAAGAGGACCUGGGAAAUGCAAGGCCAUCAGCACCAAGCACAUUAUUUGAUUUCUUGGAAUCUAAAAUGGGAACUUUGAAUGUGGAAGAACCUAAAUCACAGCCACAGCAGCUUCAUCAGGGACAAUACAGAUCAUCAAAUACUGAGCAAAAUGGAGUAAAAGAUAAUAGUCAUCUGAGACAUCCUCCUCGAAAUGAUACCAGGCAGCCAAGAAAUGAAAAACCGCCUCGUUUUCAAAGAGACUCCCAAAAUUCAAAGUCAGUUGUAGAAGGCAGUGGAUUACCUAGAAAUAGAGGUUCUGAAAGACCAAGUACUUCUUCAGUAUCUGAAGUAUGGGCUGAAGACAGAAUCAAAUGUGAUAGACCAUAUUCUAGAUAUGACAGAACUAAAGAUACUUCAUAUCCUUUAGGUUCUCAGCAUAGUGAUGGUGCUUUUAAAAAAAGAGAUAACUCUAUGCAAAGCAGAUCAGGAAAAGGUCCCUCCUUUGUAGAGGCAAAAGAAAAUCCACUUCCUCAAGGAUCUGUAGAUUAUAAUAAUCAAAAACGUGGAAAAAGAGAAAGCCAAACAUCUAUUCCUGAUUAUUUUUAUGACAGGAAAUCACAAACAAUAAAUAAUGAAGCUUUCAGUGGUAUAAAAAUUGAAAAACAUUUUAAUGUAAAUACUGAUUAUCAGAAUCCAGUUCGAAGUAAUAGUUUCAUUGGUGUUCCAAAUGGAGAAGUAGAAAUGCCACUGAAAGGAAGACGAAUAGGACCUAUUAAGCCAGCAGGACCUGUCACAGCUGUACCCUGUGAUGAUAAAAUAUUUUACAAUAGUGGGCCCAAACGAAGAUCUGGGCCAAUUAAGCCAGAAAAAAUACUAGAAUCAUCUAUUCCUAUGGAGUAUGCAAAAAUGUGGAAACCUGGAGAUGAAUGUUUUGCACUUUAUUGGGAAGACAACAAGUUUUACCGGGCAGAAGUUGAAGCCCUCCAUUCUUCGGGUAUGACAGCAGUUGUUAAAUUCAUUGACUACGGAAACUAUGAAGAGGUGCUACUGAGCAAUAUCAAGCCCAUUCAAACAGAGGCAUGGGAGGAAGAAGGCACCUACGAUCAAACUCUGGAGUUCCGUAGGGGAGGUGAUGGCCAGCCAAGACGAUCCACUCGGCCAACCCAACAGUUUUACCAACCACCCCGGGCUCGGAACUAAUAGGAAAAGUAGACUCUUUGUGAAGAAACGAGCCAGUGACUGAAACAUCCUGGUGGAAACCUGUUGACAGACCUUCCACUUUCUCUUCAGAAUAAGUAGCAGCUGUGGUGGAUAUUAUUAUUUGAAGAAAGAAAAAGCAGAUUUUAGGGUGGAAAAAACAGUCAACUCACACAAAGAAUGGGAAAAAAUACUGAGUUAAAUUAAGCAAAUACCUUUUACAAGUGAAAGGAAGAAUUUUUCUUCUGCCGUCAAUAAAACCAUUGUGCUAUUA